UUUUUAAUCUGACAACAAAAUGAGAAUCUGUGGCUGUCAUCUUGAUUGGUUUUUCUCUGUCUUCUUUACUUUUUAAUAUAUUACUAAUUUAAUGCAUAUUUCUAUUAUUUUUGUCAGGAAUUUCCAAAACAUGAUGGAGAAUCAUACACUCAUUGUCAGUUUUCAGCUACUAGAUUUUCCUGAACUACAUCAACUUGAACAUCUGAUUGGCUUCAUUCUUCUCGCAUCAUAUAUGAUUACUUUAGCUGGAAAUAUCAUGAUUAUCAUCCUGGUUAUUCAUGAUCCCCAACUACACAUCCCCAUGUACUUUUUCUUAGGUAAUCUUUCUUGCUUAGAAAUUCUAAUCACAACCUCCAUUAUUCCCAAGGUACUGGUGAGUCUUUUGCUGGGCAACAAAUCUAUUUCAUACCCAGGGUGUCUUUCGCAGUGCUAUUUUUUCUUCUUCCUGGGAAGCAGUGAUUUUGUCCUUUUAGCAGUCAUGUCAUAUGAUCGGUAUGUGGCCAUUUGCAAUCCUUUGCAAUACCCAGUGAUCAUGAGACAUGAGUUCUGCCUAUGGCUAGUUAUUAGCUGUUAUGCAACAGGUUUUUUGGGAACCAUUCUCCCUACCAUCCUAGUUACAAAUUUGCCUUUCUGUGACAGAAAUCAGAUUGAUCACUUUUUCUGUGAUAGCUUGGCCUUGAUGAAACUGGCCUGUACUGACACUAAUCUUGUGGAGUUAAUAAGUUUUUUCUCAUCCUCUGUGAUUGUGGUAGGGUCUUUCAUUAGCACCAUUAUAUCCUAUGUUUAUAUAAUCACAGUUAUUGUCCAGAUUCCAUCUUCCUCCGGAAGACAAAAGGCAUUCUCUACUUGUUCAUCCCACUUAACUGUGGUUAGUCUUGGAUAUAGCAGUUGCAUUUUCAUGUAUGUAAGGCCUUCAGGCAGCAAUCCAUCAACAAAUAAAAUUGUUUCUCUAAUCAAUACAGUAUUGACUCCUUUGUUGAGCCCAUUCAUAUUCAGUUUGAGAAAUAAACAAAUGAAAGAGGCUGCAAAAAUAAUUUUCAUAAAGCAUGCAGUCUACUGA